AUGAAAGGACAGGUUGUUGCUGAUUUUAUAGUUGACCAUGGGUUAGUCGAGCUAUCUGCAAAUCUAGUCGAUCAAACUAAUUGGAAGUUGUUUUUUGAUGGUUCUAGUCAUAAAAAUGGAUCAGGAAUUGGAGUCCUGAUUAUUUCUCCUGAAGGAAUGCCAACCAAGUUCCAUUAUAAAAUGAAGGAUGUAUGUUCUAAUAACGAAGUCGAAUACGAAGCUUUGAUAACUGGUUUGAAAUCCCUGAUAGACUUGGGGGCAAAGCGAGUUGAAAUUCGAGGUGAUUCUGAGCUGAUUGCUUCUGGCUAUAGAGUUUCUAAAAACAAGUUAGAAGAUAUGGUCGAUAUCAAAGAGAAAGAAACUCAUGAAAUAUCAGACAAGUUAGGUCAAUUGUCGACGUCAAAAUUUGGGGGGGUAGAUGACAAAGUUGAAUGUAAAGAUUUGUAUGCCUUAGAAAUUUUUGCCAUCGACAAUAUGACAGAUUCUGACUAG